AUGCUACCUAUGAAGGCAGUCCUUCUCAUUUCAGUAAGCUUUUGUUCAGCUUUUCGCAAACAGGGGGUUGCAGUGAAAGGUCAGCUGAUUUGUGGAGAAACACCGCUGAGAAAUACAAAGAUCAAAAUCUACGAUCUGGAUAGAAAUUUCGGUGACAGCGACGACCUCUUGGACGAAGGUUACACUGACAAAGACGGUGGAUUUGCGUUAUCUGGAACCACACGAGAGCUGACCGACAUUGAACCCGUGCUGUUCAUUUACCAUGAUUGUGAAGACGGAAUAAGGCCUUGUCAGAAGCGAGUUCGUAUGACGGUGCCGAAGCGAUUCAUUCACAGAGGAACUCCGAAAGAAUGGUUCGAUGUGGGAGCAUUGAAUUUGUCGCAGACUUUUCCCAAUCAGGAUCGAAGCUGCAACCAUUAA